AUGGGCAAGUCUCGAAGAAAUAGGGCCAAUGCCGCUCGUCGCGAUCCAAUUGCAAAGCCUGUCAAGCCGCCUUCAGACCCAGAACUUGCCGCUCUGAGAGAAUCCAAGAUUCUGCCCGUCAUCAAAGACCUCCAGAGCUCCGACCCCAAGUCUCGCUCAGCUGCUGCCUCAGCCAUCUCGAACAUCAUCCAGGACACAAAAUGUCGCAAGUUGCUGCUGCGCGAGCAAAUUGUACAUAUCAUCAUCAACGAGACUCUGACCGACGCUGCGCUUGAGAGCCGUGCUGCUGGCUGGGGCAUCCUCCAAGUCAUUGCCCAGGAGGAGGAGGCCGAUUUCUGUGUCCACCUGUACAGGCUGGACAUUCUCACUGCUAUUGAGCAUGCUACGAAAAGUGCCACGGCCAAGUUCUCCUCUAAAGACACACCCUUCUCCAAGCUACCCAAGUUGGAGCAAGCUACCACCUUGAGCAUCGUGGCAUCUAUCCUGUCCUUGAUAACAGCCUUGGCCGAGGCUCAGGAUGAGAUACUUGAAACCAUCGCCUCCAACUCAAGCCUUACCAACUUUCUGUACUCUUUCAUUCCUACAAGCGACCUAGCUGGUGCUAUCAAUGAGCUGCGCAAUGACGCUCUAACCUGUCUUAUGAUUCUGUCCGAGGACAACAAGAAGCUUGCAAAGACCAUCGUCUCAGACGGCAACAGGUCCGUCUACGAAUCACUCCAGGUCCUGAGCAAGGAAACCUCGCACGAGGGCAUCCUGGCUUGUGGCGUCCUCCACAAUGUUUACCUCUCGCUACAAGGCGUGGAAGUCUCCACAGAGCUGAAUAUUGUAGACGACUCGCGAUUAAUACCUACGCUCUCCAGAGCCAUUGCAGAAAUCGGCUCCAGCAAAGCCCAAUCGAACGGAACCGGAUCAUCAAACCCUUACCAGAAGCAGGAGCUCGCCUUGGAGAUCAUUGCUUCGAUCGGGACCACUAUGAAUGGAGAGCAGGGGGAUGAAUCUGAGCAGCCAGAGUCAAAGCCCAAGGCAGGAGGCGAGGCUACUGGUCAAGAUGACGAAGACAUGGACGACAUUGAUGUAGGCGCAGAAGAUGAUAACGAUAAUGAGGACAGCCGUGUCCUAGACGAGGACGAGGACGACGAUAUGGAUGAUGACGAAAUGCAGGCCGACAUGGAUAUGGUCACUGGUGCCGACGACGCCGACGACGGCGAGUCCAUUGAUGACCUCCCUAUCCUGAAAGCCCUCGUCCAAAAGGCCAUCCCACAGCUCGUGCGCGUCGUCGCUCUGCAGGCCGGCGACGAAGAAACCAUCAAACUCCAAGCCCUCUCGCUCUCCGCCCUCAACAACGUCGCCUGGUCGGUCUCCCUGAUCGACUUCUCCCACGACCACAACAAGGGCAUCCAGAAAACCUGGGAGCCGGUCGCCAAGUCGAUCUGGACCGACGCCAUCGUCCCCAUCCUCUCAAGCGACACCGCCGACGUCACCCUGGCCACCCAGGUCACCGGCCUCGCCUGGGCCGUCGCCCGCACCCUCCGCGACAAGACGCCGCUCAAGAUCAACGAGCAGCGCAAGUUCAUCUCCCUGUACCAGGCCACCCACGGCUCCGAGGCCACCCAGAACUCGGAAGAUCCCUUCCAGGGUCUGGGCGUCAAGUGCAUCGGAGUCCUCGGCCAGCUCGCCCUGGACCCUGCGCCGGCAGACCUCAACCGCGAAAUCGGCACCUUCCUCCUUACCGUGCUCGCUGCCCUCCCCCAGACCCCGGCUGCCGAUGCCGUCGAGGCCCUGAACCAGCUAUUUGAUGUGUACGGAGAUGAAAAUUUUGCCUGUGACAAGGAGGUGUUCUGGAAGGAUAACUACCUCAAGCACCUGGAGGAGAUCCUCCCCAAAGCUAAGGCGGUGGCCAAAUCGGUUGACAAGAGAACCCACUCCGAGCUGAGGGCAAGAGUGGACGAGGCAGUGCUGAACCUGAGCAGAUUCAUUGCCUACAAGAAGAAGAGCAAGCCAUAG